AUGAUGCCUACCACGCGAGCGAAGACGCAGGCGAACCUGAACGCGGGCCCGAAAUCCGAUGCGGCUAAGCCCAGCGGUCGGUUGUUACACAACCCAGUGUUCUCCCGCCGUAGCGUCGGUACCAUCCCGGUAGAGGUGGGCUCGAACAAGUCGUCACCGAAGAAGCCUCUGGCGGAUCUGAAUCCAACCAACCCGCUGGCCAGCAUCGUUCACCAAACCGACAAAAGCGGCAAGCAACAGCCUGUACUUACUGGAAGUCGACGCUUUAUUCGCGACGGAGCAGCCACGAAUGGAGGACAAGGAAGCUUCCGCAACCUGUUGACAAACUUUAUGUCAGCGCUUGGAGUCAAUGAACAGCACCAGACUGUGCGAUCGUCGCCGACAAAGCAGAAACUUGCCGGUGCUGCGGACAAUACAAUUGAGCUACGCAAGAACAUUUUGCCUCCCGCUUCACCCGCCGACACCAACUACCAACCCUGA